GUAAUUCCAGGGGGGCGUGGUAAACCCAUCGUCCCGGUUUAAGAGUUUACAACUUUGCCACCAGCGCCAGAGUCUGACUAUUAUUCGAAUGACUAACCAAAGCAGGAUGUGCUGAAAGUGUUUACAGUGGUUUUAGCGCGAUUUAAAAAAAGGGCUUGGCGAUUUCCUCUUCCUUAUCCCCCUUGAAAACGUUCCGUCUUGGACUCUACCGACUUGCCAUACGAAGGUGGUAAGUUUACCCCAAGUUUGAACUGACAUUCUAACCAAAACUCGAAAGAAACUUCGAAGGGCUUAACACCAUCUGGAACCUACCUAUUUCGGCAAACCAAUUUGACAGUAAGGAUGUACAGAAACUUUGGGAGUCAAGGACGAGGCAACCCAACUUACACUGGCGGGGUGACUGAGGCAAACACCGGGUCCCCGGGAAGCUCCAGUGCCACCAGCAGUCAACAGGAGCAGUUCGUCAUGGCAGGUAGCAGCAGCCAGUUUGUGCCGAGCCUCAAUGCCAUCACAUCUAACCAGGACCUCCAGUGGCUGGUCCAGCCUUCCCUCAUGCAUUCACCAGGACCUUCACGAUCACCAGUACCUCCUUAUCCAGGCCUCUCUGGGGUACGGAGCCUAGGUCCCUCAACUUCCCAGUCCCACCUUCUUAGACCAGGGGUCAUAAGAGCCGCUGCCCACACUACAGGAUUGACAAGGCGCAGAGCAGAUGAACAUUUAUCUUUUGAAGAGAUGGAAAGACGCAGAAUUAGAAGAGAGCGAAAUAAAUUAGCAGCAGCAAAGUGCCGUAAUCGUCGGCGGGAGCUGACAGAUUCGCUCCAAAGCGAGACUGACCAGCUGGAAGAUGAAAAGUCCCGUCUCCAAAAAGAAAUAGCUGAAUUACAAAAGGAGAAAGAGAAGCUCGAGCUGGUUCUGGAAGCUCAUCGUCCCAUCUGUAAGAUAGAGGACUCUGAUUCUGAUUCUGAUCCAACUCCCUCGGUUUCCUCUUUGGGGUGCAUCAAAAUAGAGCCCGAGGACUCCAGUAGGCCUGAGAUAAAACUACCAGUAAAGAUGGAGAAACCCAAACCAAAGAUAACCAUCCCCACUGUGUCUGCAACCAUGUCUGCUCCUGCUGCUGCUGCUGCUGCUGCCACUGAAUCUGAGUCCCUUCACACCCCCAUUCUCACUUCUACUCCUUCACUGAUGCCCUUCACUGCUGGAAUGGUUUUCACCUAUCCCUCAGCCCCUUUGGACACCAACCCCUCCACCACAGCCCAUGCUGUAUCACUUCAAGGUAACAUCCAUCAGGCCCCCCAGGCCUGUGGUGUAGCUCACCGCCGCAGCAGCAGCAGCGGUGACCAAUCAGAUCACUCCCUGCACUCACCGACCAUCCUUACUCUCUGAUUGAUGUCCCUGUGUUCCUGGGAAAACACUAAUGUUCAUCUAGACGCAGUAUGGUACACACAAAUGUGUUUGUGAAACCUUACGAAAGUGAAAAUGCUGAUUUCAAGAAGAAUGAUGUAAAUCUGCCUUAUUUCAACUUUUUAAAAAGCAACAUUAUCAGGACAUAAAUGUUACACUCUGUUUUUGUUUUUUGCAUUUUUAUAGCUGUAGAGACUUUAUAUAUUUCUAAUGUUUAAAAAGCUAAUCUAUUUUGAAGGAGUUUGUUUGAUGUUCUAAUAUAGAAGCAUGCAGGUCUUAAUGUCUAGAAGACUUUACAAGUUAUUGGAAAAAUAACAGUGGUACACAUCCAAUACAUUUGAGUUCAUGCAAAUAUAAUUACACUGUAUUUGUGGAAGUGCUGCACAUAAUAAUUUGUUACAUUGUUACAACACUUUUGUACACUUUAUAAAUGUUUUCUCAGAGGGAAUUAGAAACUAAAUGGUCCAUAUUUUUGUAUGAAUCUGUUUUAAGGAAUGCUGAUAUAAUCUAUGAAAGUUAUUGACCACUAAGGCUGGACCAUAGGAGUUGAUAUAGAUGACAAAAGCGUGUAUUUAUUUCUGAGAGUGUAAUAUAUUUUUGGUGAACAACCUGUUUGGGUGGGCAGUGCCUUACUUCCGUGAUUGUCAAAAAUGUACUUCUUCACAAAAAAUACAUUAAAGAAGAAAUAUUAAGAA